AUGGAUACGAAUAUUUCAACUUCAAGUAUUAAAAGCAAUAAUAAAUACUUUUGUAACGAAGAGUCACCUUAUUAUGAUCCAGAUAUUUAUGAGUUGCUGUGUAAUAAUGCUAAAGAAUGUAAAUUGAACAUUUCUAAGAGAGCAUUAACUAUUCUUCCAGAAGAUUUAUUUCAUGGUCUCGAGGAUCUUCAACCUCAAAAAUUAAAUAUUAGCGAGAACAAGCUGACAGAACUGCCAAAAGAUAUCUUCAAACCUCUUGAUGAUCUUCGUACGUUGAAAAUAGAGUCCAACGAACUAAAAUAUCUAGAGCCGAGUAUUUUCUAUGAUUUAUUACAACUCAAAGAACUUUAUCUCAGCAACAACAAAUUAAUAACUUUAUCAAAAGAUAUAUUUAAUGGUCUACAAGAUUUAUCUUACCUAGUAUUAAGUUCAAAUCGACUAAUUCAUCUUGAGAUUGGUACUUUUGAUGAUUUAUUGAACUUAGAGUGGUUAUGUAUCAGCAACAACAAUCUAACAACUUUAUCAAAAGAUAUAUUUAGUAGUUUGAAAGAGCUUGAUCAUCUUGAUUUAGAUUCAAACAAACUAAAAAAUCUCGAGUCAGGUUGUUUUAAUGGUUUGUCAAAACUAUCUGAGCUUGAUAUGAGCAACAACAGUCAACUAGCAACAUUAACCGAAGGUGUUUUCAAUGGUCUUGAAAAUCUUCAGAUACUAAAUUUAUCUUUUAACAAGCUACACAAUCUUGAGUCAGGUUGUUUCAAUUGUUUAUCACAACUUCGCGAACUUGAUAUAAGCAACAGCGAGCUAUACAAUCUUGAGUCAGGUUGUUUCAAUUGUUUAUCACAACUUUGCAAGCUUGAUAUCAGCGAUAACAGUCUAGCAACAUUAUCCAAAGAUGUAUUCAAUGACCUUGUAAAUCUUCAUGACUUAAAUUUAAAAUCAAACAGAUUAAACAAUCUUGAGUCAGGUUGUUUCGAUGAUUUAUCACAACUUGAUAUACUUGAUAUUAGCGAAAACAAACUUACAACUUUAUCAAAAGAUAUAUUCAGUGGUCUACUGAGUCUACGUCUCCUACGAUUACAUUCAAACCAACUGAUUCACCUUGAGACAGGUACUUUUAAUGAUUUAUUGAAACUAAAAGAUCUUUCUAUCGGCGAAAACAAUUUGACAACUCUAUCAAAAGAUAUAUUUAGUAGUUUAAAAGAGCUUUGUAAACUGGAUUUGAAUUCAAACAAAUUAAAAAAUCUCGAGUCUGGUUGUUUCAAUGAUUUAUCACAACUUCAGGGACUUAAUCUCAGCAAAAACAAACUGACAACUUUAUCAAAAGACAUAUUUAGUAGUUUAAAAGAGCUUUCCAAUAUCGAUUUAAAUUCGAACAAACUACAAAAUCUCGAGUCAGGUUGUUUCAACGAUUUAUUACAACUUCAGGGCCUUAAUCUCAGCAAAAAUAAACUAACAACUUUAUCAAAAGACGUAUUGAAUGGUUUACAAAAGCUUUUUCUUUUGAAUUUAGAUUCGAAUAAACUACGAAACCUUGAGCCAGGUAUUUUCAAUAAUUUAUCAGAACUUCAUACACUUAUUAUUAGCGGAAACCAACUGACAACUUUAUCGAAAGAUAUAUUUAAUGGUUCGCAAAAGCUCCGUACUUUAGAUUUAAAUUCGAAUGAGCUGCAAAACCUUGAGUCAGGUUGUUUCAAUAAUUUAUCAGAACUUCGAACACUUGAUAUUAGCGGAAACAAACUGGCAACUUUAUCAAAAAAUGUUUUAAAUAGUUUACAAAAGCUUAGUGUCUUAAAUUUAAACUCAAAUAAACUACAAAACUUUGAGUCAGGUUGUUUCGACGAUUUAUCACAACUUCAGGAACUUAAUCUCAGCAAAAACAAACUGAAAACUUUAUCAAAAGACAUAUUUAGUAGUUUAAAAGAGCUUUCUAAUCUUGUUUUAAGUUCAAACAAACUACAAAAUCUCGAGUCACGUUGUUUCAACGAUUUAUCACAACUCCAUGGACUUAAUCUCAGCAAAAAUAAACUAACAACUUUAUCAAAAGGCGUAUUAAAUGGUUUAGAAAAGCUUUCUAUUUUGAAUUUAGAUUCGAAUGAACUACGAAACCUUGAGCCAGGUAUUUUCUAUAAUUUAUCAGAACUUCAUACACUUAUUAUUAGCGGAAACAAACUGACAACUUUAUCAAAAGAUGUAUUGAAUGGUUUACAAAAGCUUCGUAUUUUAAAUUUUAAUUCGAAUAAACUACAAAAUUUUGGGUCAGGUGUUUUCAAUAAUCUAUCAGAACUUCAGGAACUUAAUAUUAGUGAAAACAAACUGACAACUUUAUCAAAAGAUGUAUUGAAUGGUUUACAAAAACUCCGUAUUAUGAAUUUAAAUUCGAAUGAACUACAAAACCUUGAGUUGAGUAUUUUCAAUGAUUUAUCAGAACUUAAGCAACUUGAUAUCAAUAUGGAUACGAAUAUUUCAACUACAAGUAUUAAAAGCAAUAAUAAAUACUUUUGUAAUCAAGAGUCACCUUAUUAUGAUCCAAAAAUUUGUGAGUUGUUGUGUGAUAAUGCUAAAGAAUGUGAAUUGAACAUUUCUAAAAAAGCAUUAACUAUUCUUCCAAGAUAUUUAUUUCAUGGUCUCGAGGAUCUUCAACCUCAAAAAUUAAAUAUUAGCGAGAACAAGCUGACAGAACUGCCAAAAGAUAUCUUCAAACCUCUUGAUGAUCUUCGUACGUUGAAAAUAGAGUCCAACGAACUAAAAUAUCUAGAGCCGAGUAUUUUCUAUGAUUUAUUACAACUCAAAAAACUUUAUCUCAGCAACAACAAAUUAAUAACUUUAUCAAAAGAUAUAUUUAAUGGUCUACAAGAUUUAUCUUACCUAGACUUAAGUUCAAAUCAACUAAUUCAUCUUGAGAAAGGUACUUUUGAUGAUUUAUUGAACCUAAAGUGGUUGGAUAUCAGCAACAACAAUCUCACAACUUUAUCAAAAGAUAUAUUUAGUAGUUUAAAAGAGCUUUCUCAACUUCAUUUAGAUUCAAACAAACUAAAAAAUCUCGAGUCAGGUUGUUUUAAUGGUUUGUCAAAACUUUCUGAGCUUAAUAUAAGCGACAACAGUCAACUAGCAACAUUAUCCGAAGGUAUUUUCAAUGGUCUUGAAAAUCUUAAGAUACUACAUCUAUCUUUUAACAAGAUACACAAUCUUGAGUCAGGUUGUUUCAAUUGUUUAUCACAACUUCAGGAGCUUUAUAUAAGCUACGGCGAGCUAUACAAUCUUGAGUCAGGUUGUUUCAAUUGUUUAUCACAACUUUGCAAGCUUGAUAUCAGCGAUAACAGUCUAGCAACAUUAUCCAAAGAUGUAUUCAAUGACCUUGUAAAUCUUCGUGACUUAAAUUUAAAAUCAAACACAAUAUACAAUCUUGAGUCAGGGUGUUUCGAUGAUUUAUCACAACUUGAGAAUCUUGAUAUCAGCAAUAACAGACUGACAUCAUUGCCCAAAAGUGUAUUCAAUGGUCUCGAAAAUCUUUGUUACCUACAUUUACAAUCAAACAACCUGGAUAAUCUUGAGUCAGGUAUUUUCAAUAAUUUACCAAGUCUCAAGAAACUUGAUAUCAAUAAAAACCAAUUGACAAGUUUAUCAAAAGAUAUAUUCAGUGAUCAACAGAGGCUUCAGACCCUACAUUUGAAUUCGAAUGAACUACAAAACCUUGAGCCAGGUGUUUUUAAUGAUUUAUCACAACUUGAUAUACUUGAUAUUAGCGAAAACAAACUUACAAAUUUAUCAAAAGAUAUAUUUAGUGGUCUACUGAGACUACGUCUUCUACGAUUAAAUUCAAACCAACUGAUUCACCUUGAGACAGGUACUUUUAAUGAUUUAUUGAAACUAGAAGAUCUUUCUAUCAGCGAAAACAAUUUUACAACUUUAUCAAAAGAUAUAUUUAGUAGUUUAAAAAAGCUUUGUAAUCUUGAUUUGAAUUCAAACAAAUUAAGAAAUUUCGAGUCAGGUUGUUUCAAUGGUUUAUCACAACUUCAGGGACUUAAUCUCAGCAAAAACAAACUGACAACUUUAUCAAAAGAUAUAUUUGAUGGUUUACAAAUGCUCAGUGCCUUACAUUUAAAUUCGAAUGAGCUACGAAAUCUCGAGUCAGGUUGUUUCAAUGAUUUAUCACAACUUCAAAAACUUAAUCUCAGCGAAAACAUACUGACAACUUUAUCAAAAGACAUAUUUAGUAGUUUGAAAGAGCUUUCUAAUCUUGAUUUGAAUUCAAACAAACUACAAAAUCUCGAGUCAGGUUGUUUUAAUGAUUUAUCAAAACUUCAUGGACUUAAUCUCAGCAAAAACAAACUAACAACUUUAUCAAAAGAUGUAUUAAAUGGUUUACAAAAGCUUCAUAUUUUAAAUUUAAAUUCGAAUGAACUACAAAACCUUGAGCCAGGUAUUUUCAAUAAUUUAUCAGAACUUCAUACACUUAUUAUUAGCGGAAACAAACUGACAACUUUAUCGAAAAAUAUAUUUAAUGGUUUGCAAAAGCUCCGUACAUUAGAUUUAAAUUCGAAUGAGCUACAAAACCUUGAGUCAGGUUGUUUCAACAAUUUAUCAGAACUUCAUACACUUGAUAUUAGCGGAAACAAACCGACAACUUUAUCAAAAGAUGUUUUAGAUGGUUUACAAAAGCUUAGUGUCUUAAAUUUAAACUCGAAUGAACUACAAUAUUUUGAGUUAGGUAGUUUCAAUAAUUUAUUAGAACUUCAGGAACUUAAUAUUAGUAGAAACAAACUGACACUUUUAUCAAAAGAUUUGAUUCGUAAUGACAAAGAUGUAUUAACUGAAUUAUUUCAUAUGAAAACACAUUAUAAUAAAGAUAAGUGGUAUACAUAA